AAUUCACCGUCAAGUCCUUUUAUUACCACUUCUUUGUCUAAUAAUAAUAAUUAUGCACUGCAACGACGACAAACACGUGGAACCUCGAAAACUCGAAAUAUCUUCAACAUCUAUCGAAAUGUCGGCGAUAUUGAGAUGGUAGAUUCAGAAAGAGAAAACCACGAAGAAACACACCAUGGAUUCGAAGCAAUGAUCUUCAUGGAUGAAAAUAACUCGCAUAUGGUAGCAUCACCAGACUCAACUGCCAGUCUUAACGAAGAUGAUCUUUCAACUUCAUCGACUUCGCCCAUUUUAUCUUCUACUACAUCGGCAGCUAUUCCCAUACCAACAUCAACAUCAAUGUUAACAACUUCGAGCAUCUCGUCUUGUUUUGAUGAUGCUCCAAGUUCCAAUAACUAUGAAUUGAAUUUAGAAGCAUCGUCAACUUCACAUUUCGGCGUUGGCACUACAUCAGCAACUUCACAUAACAUAAUGAAUAAAAGAAACCCUACUGGAAUUUCUGCACGUAUAAACGCCGCAAAUCUUACGAUGUUCUCAAAUGGCGGUGUUAAUAAUAACGCCAUCAAUAAUAAUCAUCAUCGUAAUAACGGUAUUACAAUGCCUAUUGAUCAUACAUCUUUUAAAAAGGUGAAAAGUAUUACAAUACCGACAGAUACCGGGGAAGAUUCCGAUCUUGAUUUACCAGAUUCAAUGUCUUCCUCUGUCGCGACAACAGCAUCAACAAAUACACAAUAUACAUUACCUUGUAAUUCUCCAUACGAUCAACAUACAAUGGAAACUUAUGGCGCUGCUGCUGAGGGUAUAAAAAAUAAUAUAUCUAUUCAUCCAUCAGCUAGCAGCACACCAAUCACAACACCUGAUGGUCCGAAUUUCUUCUUUCCAUAUCCCACGAACCCAGGAGAAAUCGUAAAUGGUCCACAUAAUUCACAUGCUCUUUACGACUAUAUAUAUCUUAAUCUCAUGAGUGGAAAUGGAGAACCAUCACCACAAUUUUCACAUAUUAAUCCAUCUCAAUUACUCGCCUCAUCAUCGACGACAACAGCAUCAUCAACAAUUAAUCCAAUUCCAUAUAAUGCAAUAACGUCACCGGAGCCACGCACUGGCGGUGUUGCUGUAGCAUCACCCCCAUCACAGUUAUUAAUAAACAGCGAUGCAUGUGAGAAAGCUUCGCCAUCAUCAUCGUCACUAGGAGGAAAUACUUCACCAACCGGAAAGCGACCAAGAUCACCUUCGCGUGGACAUAAUAAGUCCAGUAAUCCAACGUGCACCAAUUGUAAUACACAAACAACUCCACUUUGGCGACGUAAUCCGGAAGGACAACCGUUAUGUAAUGCAUGUGGACUAUUUCUGAAACUACACGGCGUUGUGCGACCACUUAGUCUGAAAACCGAUGUGAUAAAGAAGAGAAAUCGAGGUGGACCAGCGGCAACUGGUAAAGUCCAGAAACCCGGUAAAAUAGGAGCAGGAAGCAUGGGUGUGAUGGAUAAACGGAUGUCGACUUUACCAUCACGGCCAAUGAUUAAUAAUGGAACAGUAGUGACCUCGAUGUUACAUACUUCUUCAAAUAAUAAUGGACAAUAUCCACCAUCAUUUAAUAGACAAAUCGUUAGUGCUGGUGGCUCCUCUUCGCCGAAAAAUCAACGGAGAUUCUCUUCUAAUGAACAGCAACCAUUUAUACAACAAUCGCAGUCUCAUUUACAACCAUACUAUCAUAAUCAGUAUCAUCAAUAUCAUAUUACACCGCAACAUCGUCAUCUCUCUAAUGAUCAAAGUUAUAUACUAAUGAACAAUAACAAUAAUAGUGCAUCAACGACAAAUCCAAAUGUAAAUGAUCAAUCAUCAAUGUCACAUGAUCAGGAAAUGAUGCCAUUUUAUCAGCCACAUCUCCUUCAGCAUAGUGUAAUGCCAAUAUAUUCAUCAUCAGCUAAUAAUAAUGUGGCGCAAAUGAAUAUUAAACCUCCUUCGAUAGUUCAAUCCCAUUCUCAAGAAAAAUUAGCGAUCCCCGACUUACUUCGCGAACAACUUGGUGUUCCGGAACUAAUAUCAAUAGGAUUCGGUGAACAUGAAUAUUACUAG